CCCGCCCGUCUCCGGCGCCAUCUUGCCGCGGCCGGGGGGAGCCGAGCGGGCCCGGCCAUGCCGCACUUCCAGGCCUGGGAGGAGUUCACCCGCGCCGCCGAGAAGCUCUACCUCGCCGACCCCAUGAAGGUGCGUGUUGUUCUCAAAUACCGACAUUGUGAUGGGAACCUCUGUAUCAAAGUAACAGAUGAUGUGGCUUGUUUGCUGUACAGAACAGACCAGGCACAAGACGUGAAGAAGAUCGAGAAAUUCCACAGUCAGCUCAUGCGACUCAUGGUGGCGAAGGAAUCCCGCAGUGCUGCCAUGGAAACAGACUGAAGUGCUGCGAAUAAAAUCAGGGCUCCGGUCAUACUGCACUGGAAGCAAAUCUUUUGGAUUUGAACGAAAAACUGGGUCAGGAGAUGCUUUUGUGUACUAAAGUGGACUGAUGACAAGUCUGAAGCAUUUUCACCCCUCAGACUCCACUUUGGAAAUCUAGGAAAAUAAAUGCUUUCAAUUGAAAGCUUAUAUUUAUUUUUGGGUAUUAAGCAACUAUUCUUAAACAUUAGGUAUGCUAAGAAGACAAAUAUUUCAAAUCUACAAUAUGUUAGUAAUUUGAGAGGCCACAGGCAUACUUCUGGAAAUUUACUGUAAAAUUUCAUCUAGAUUGCAUUGUUCUGGUGUAUUCUCAAAAUGAGAGGGUAUAUUAAUACUGUAGCAUAGUGACUGGGUCUAAUAAAUAUUUACAUACAUUAUAUAAAUCUGUUGGGUUUAGAAUAACAGAUGUUUUCUGAACUGAAAUGUUGAAAUUGCCAAUUUGUAUCACCACUGUCAGCACUCUAUCUUUUGGUAUUGCUCUUAGUCCUAAGAUGUGCAACGCUAUCCAUGAUGCAGUUUGUAGAACUCUGAUAUUGGCUAAGUGAUUAAACUUCUGUAUUUUAGAAAUUAAAAUAGAACUUCACUUGAAUAAUGCUAGAGAUCUGUGAGAAACUGGGAGGGGUUUUUUCUCCUUGUGCAAAUACCGUUACUAAAAAACAGUCAGUGGCUUUUUUACAUACUUGAACUAUUUUGUACUUUUCCCAUCCUUGCUUCAGGCAGAUUGAAGUAUAUCAGCAAGACAAAUUCUAGAAGCUCUUGUCUAUUAUGUUAAUAGAAAAUAUCCAACCAAACACUAUCCAGAUUCCUUAUUCUAGCUGCUUGUUAACUGCAUUUUCAAAUGUUACAUGUGGCAGGUGGAUGUCAGCCAAAUGAAUAAAUGGAUGAAAACAGCUUAAUAAAUACUUAAAUACCACUGUCAGAAAUAGACCAGUGCUCCUGUAGCUUAAAUGUGUUUCUCACAGUCACCUCUGGUAGGCUGAUGGAAGCCUGAAUUGUCUCUUAUAAGAAAGCUUUUUGUUUGAAAACCCAGUAGCUAAAAUUGAUGCUUGCUUUGACUAGGUCUUGCUUACUUGAAAACAGAUGAGCAUUUUCAUGUAAUUAGGCCAUUGGUAUAACUAGGUGCUUUCAGAACUGAUUUUUUGGGUUAAACCAAGCCACAGAAGUAAAGCAGGACCAUACUUGUAGUGGCAUUUAUAUAUAACAAAACAAUCUACUUAACGAGCUACCUGCUGUCACUUACAUAAAAAUAAUGGAGCUACUGGGAAGCAGUGGACUUUCCACGUUUGCCAAAACCUUGGAAAAAAACCACCAGGCUUGAAUAUUGCAUUAGAGUACCCUUUCAGCUGAACAUAGAAUGUUGCACGUUGUUGGAAAAUAUUGCAGCACUAAAUUCCUGGUGACUGCUCAAAAUUCUAGUCUGCAGCUGUGACUGGUAUGUAUGUAACAUUUUUGUGUUGGCUUUUGAAAUCUAAAUAAAGCCAGAGAGAAGGCUGGACUCUGUUAAUUGUUAAACUUUCAUGAGAUACUGUAAUACUGGAAUUUUUCUUUGGUGCUGCAAAUAACUUUCAUAAUAUUUGAAAUAUCAUAGUAGUAGAGAGACUGUACCAAGUGGCUGAAAGGCUUCAGCUUUAUACUCCAGUAGGUUUUAGAGGAGCCAUUUCAGCCAUUUCUAUGUUAGAGCAGCAGUUUUCAAGCAAAACAUGUAAGGGAAUACGUUUCUACUUUUCUAAAUUCAGAAAUUAUUUCUCUAAAACCCUGGGGAAAUACUGUUGCUACUUUUGUAAGAGUAUGUGUUGUUAAGCUUGUUCUCCAUAUACUCAGAAAAAACUAGAAUGGUUCUGUGCAGUCUGAAUGCAAAAGAAAAUAUUAUAAAGCUGCUGCUUAUAAAAAAUUAAAUGGUAUGGAAACUUCUAUAGAAAAACAUAGGUGCUUCAUAACUUUGUCCUGGAAUUUUCAGCCAUUUCUAUACUAUAUUCAUGGGGCAGUAGAGAAGCUCUUUCAUGCCUGUGCUCUUGCUGACAGUAUGUGUGCUUGUCUACACUGAUUACUUCCGUAAUAAACAUUCCCCAAGUUGGUCCA